GAAAAACUACAAAGCUUCAUCAAUGGCUUCGCCAGAGGAAUCUUGGAAUUUGGAGUUAGGAAGUAAUAUUAAGGGUUCAAGCAAAGAAAUUCGCCAUGGGAGAACUGCUCACAAUAUUUCAUCAUCUUCGCUACGCAAGAAGUCCGAUUGUGCGAUCGUUUCCAAGGUUCGCUGUAGUCUUCUGAGGUUGAUCUUAGCGAACCUGCAAGAAGUCGUUUUAGGGACAAAGCUUUCUGUUCUCUUUCCUGUUAUUCCUCUUGCCUUCAUCGCUUCCUUUUUAAAUUUUGGAACGCCAUGGGUUUUCGCGUUUAGUCUGAUUGGGCUUACUCCGCUUGCUGAAAGAGUUAGCUUCCUCACUGAACAAAUUGCAUUCUACACUGGUCCAACAGUGGGAGGAUUACUGAAUGCAACAUGUGGAAAUGCGACAGAGUUGAUAAUAGCAUUACUUGCUCUUCGGCAGAACAAGAUAGAAGUGGUCAAGUGUUCCCUUUUGGGUUCUGUGCUUUCAAACCUUCUUCUUGUCCUUGGGAGUUCACUCUUCUGUGGAGGAUUAGCAAAUAUCAAGGAGGAACAGAAAUAUGACAGAAAGCACGCAGAUGUGAACUCCCUUCUACUGUUGCUGGGCCUUGUGUGCCUCAUGUUGCCUAUUCUGUUCAAAUACUCCACCAGCUCUACGGCUGCCUCUCCCGGAGGAAACCCAACUCUCCUGUUGUCAAGAGUGAGCAGUAUAAUAAUGCUUCUUGCAUACUCUGCUUAUCUCUUCUUCCAAUUGAAGACUCAUAGGCACUUAUGCGAAGCCCAAGAGGAUGAAGAUGGUGAUGAAGUUAGUUCUGAAGAAGAGGCUGUGAUCGGAGUAUGGAAUGCAUUUGCUUGGCUUGUGGGAAUGACCGCCGUUAUAGCCCUGCUCUCUGAAUACGUCGUCGUUACUAUUGAGGAUGCAUCAGAGUCAUGGGGUAUUUCUGUGAGCUUCAUCAGCAUAAUAUUGCUACCAAUCGUUGGAAAUGCAGCAGAACAUGCAGGAGCAAUAAUAUUUGCUUUCAAGAACAAGUUGGACAUAUCUUUGGCAAUUGCUUUGGGUUCUGCAACACAAAUUUCCAUCUUGGUUGUUCCUUUAAGUGUGCUGGUUGCUUGGGUCAUGGGUAUUAAGAUGGACCUUGAUUUCAACAUCCUUGAAAUUAGUUCUCUUGCUUUAUCAGUGAUUGUCACAGCCUUCACUUUACAGGAUGGGACUUCACAUUACUUGAAAGGAUUGGUUCUCUUGCUUUGCUACAUUGUUAUUGGGGCUUGCUUUUUUGUUCUCAGAAGUACUCCAGUUCACAAAGAAAAUGCAUUAAUGGAGUAGUUUUGGCUGCUUAAUGACAAUGGCCAUUAAUUGGAUAAAUAAUCCCCAAUGAAGAUCUAUGGAGCUACAAACUAUGGUCAAUUCCUCUUGAACCUCUCAAUGCAUUCUCCAUUCGAACAUUUUAAAUUGGAUUUGGUAGUUCGAAACAACUUCUCAAAUUACAUUGCCUAUCCAUUGAGGAUUUCAACUGUGAAUCAAAAGCCCAACUGAAUACCAAAACAAGGAU